AUGGGUGUUUCCAACCAGCAACUGGAGACUGCUUUCAAUACCGGGCGCGUCGAUGCCCGCGACCACACCUACACUCAGCACGCUGCAAAUGCCUCUCAGUCCAUCCAUGCUAAACUGAUCAAGCGCAUGCGUGCCGCUCCUCGAAGCCUAGAAAUUCGCAUUUUGACUAGCGUACUCCAGAAUACCUCCUUCGAAGCCGAAUAUCUAGGCUCUCGCACCGUUCCAGUGGUGCUCUACCCUACCGACGAGCAUAGAGACCUUCGAGUCACCCCGGAAUCCAGCAGGUCGAUGUCUUAUAUUCGCAAGAGGAUCUUCCAGAGCUUGAAGAACAUGACGAGAAGACUGCCACAAGUCAAGUCUGAAACCCCCGUGAGAUCCUCGGAGGAAGGCGACGAGACUGUUGCCGAAGACAACGUCCCUGUGGAUGUUGAUGAUGCGACUGCCGAGGAGUACCACAGGUACGCUUUCGACCUAGGAUCUAAGGCUGAGAAUCUGGCAGAGUUUGAGAGACUGUUGUGA